UAUAUAACUAAAUUGCAAUAAUUACAAUAGAUGCGUUUUAUUACCUCUUAUGAUUCUAAGCAAAGUUUGUCGCUCUGUAAGCAAGGCGAGAGAUAUUAGUUAUACACUUAAAAGUUCUAAGUUUACCACAGAAGUUGAAGCAUCUCGUUAAUUGUUUCAUUUUUAAGUAAUACGAUUGUUCUCGGAGGUAGAAGCACUAAUGACGUUGACGAGAUACCAGAUACGGAACGAGUACGGCUUGGCAGAUAAGGAGCUCUACAGCGAUAAGGAAGAUGCUGAAGAUUUGCUGGAAGGUUCAUCAAUGGCCGGACUCGUCGGCCUUUUGCGCCAGCUUGGCGACCUCGCUGAGUUUGCUGGUGAAGUGUUCCAUAACCUGCAUGAAGAACUAAUGACAACUUCAGCACGAGGGCAAGGUUUGGCAGUUCGUCUUCAACAGCUUGAAGCAGAAGUUCCUAAUUCAGUUGAGAUACCUUUUCUGUCUCAAACGGAUCAUUCAACAUUCUUUUACGAACCAGGGUUGGAAUGGCAUUGUAAUUUGCAAACAGAAGAGAAUCUAAUUUCUCCAAGCAAGUUGCCUCAUUGUAUUACGGAUUCAUAUGAGGAAUGCCGUGGUCCGCCACAGCUCUACCUUCUUGACAAGUUUGAUGUUGAUGGGUCUGGAUCAUGCUUGAAGCGUUACUCUGACCCAUAUUUGUUGAAGACGCUUACUGCAUCAGUAGUACUGGGAACAUCACAACUCAGCAAAGAUGAGAGACCAAGCAAACCAAAGAAGAAAGUAUCACACAUUAGUAAUGGAGAGACGACACUUGGGGAUUCACAAACAUCACAUGCUAAGUUGAAUCAGCUCUUCUUAAUGGACCAUGUUGAGAAGGGACACAAAGAUCCUGAAUUUCAUGUGAAACUAAAGAAAAGAGAUCUGAAUGGACCUCCAAUUGACUCAAGCUCAGGUUAUAUGAAGAAGUUCCUCAAGAAUUCUUUGACGAACUGUGCAAGAGUUCAUGAGAGUCUGGAUCAGUCAUCUUCAGCAAUGGAAACUGAAGUUACAACAUACAACGUAAGAGUAGACUUAUCAACACCUUCUUUGGUUUAUCUUCCAAGCAACGAAGAUACUAGAAAAGCGAGGGAAAUGGAAGCCGUUGCUGAUGAUGAAAGACCUUCUGUGAACAAUGACACAGAUGCAACACCUUCUUCCACAAACGGUGAUGACAAGGCUGAUGGUAACUUUAGACAGAUCCAGAUCUGUGAUAACGCAGAUGUGACUCAAACAGAGGUCCUGGCUUCUAAUGUUUUGUACCACUCAACGGAGGAAGGAGAAUCUAGUCAGUUAAACGCAUCAGAGGGUGGGACCAAAGAUCUCCAAACAAAUGACGUUGAGGAUGAUCAUUCCCAACAUGUUUACAGUGUGGAGACUGGAUCUGAGAUGUCUUUAACUGGUUUGGUGGAAGACCAGUUCCCUUCCAUAACCAAUCAGGAGACAGAGAAAGAGCCUGAUUGUCUUCUUACUCAAAAUCAUCAUAUUAGCACAUUUGACAACUUUGAAGAUUUAUCUAUGGAUGUUGAUGCAGUACAUGACAGUGAUCUAGCAUUAUCUUGUCAAGAAGAUGCAUUAGCCGACUCUGAUCUAGCUGAGAUAUCAUCAGAUUCUGGACAAGAAGAUCCACAAACCAUGUCUAUUAUUGCAGAUGUGAGUAGUGAUGGUACUGAUACUCAAAGAGAUGGUGCAGGUGAUGACCAUACUAGCCUGAAUGAUAAGGCCAGUGAGACCGUCCCGAAAGUGGACUUAGAAGUAGAUCCGCAAGAGUGUCUUUUAGGUUCACAAGAAUGUUUGUCACCUGAGUAUUGCAUACAUAUACAUGGCCAAGGUCAAGAGAGCCCAUCAGAAACAGAGUCAGAAAAUCCAACAGCAGCAGCAGCAGCCGAGUCACUUCCUACACAAGAUGUUCCUCUCGGUGUUCAGUGUUCACCUUCAGAGGAAACACUAACAUUCAACGAAAAGCCUUACCGUUCAAGUGAAGCUGAAGGAGAAGCUCUUAAUGCAACACACCAAGGAGCUAUCACAUCAUUAAAUGGUAAUAUCUUUGAGUCUGAUCAUUCCAUGGAACCUACUACUGAUCAAGAAAAUUGCUUGGAUGUGCCCAUGUAUCCCUUCUCCACGUCCCUCCAUGAAGCACCUCAGGAAGAUCCAGACAUAAGGCCUCCACUUCCACCUCUCCCUCCAACACAAUGGUGGAUGGGGAAGCUGGUUGAUUCUGUUAAAACAACCGAGACUCAGUUCUCUCCAGCGCCAUCACUUGCAUACAAUGAGGACACACAUAAUGGAUUCGUUCAAGCGACCGCUGCACAAGAUUCCCCAGAAGACUCAGUUACAGCAGGUGAAAACCAAAAUACUGAUGUUUAUACAGUUUCAGCACAAACUACUCUGAAUGAACAGUCUCCUUCAGAAUCAGUUGCUUGGAUGUCACUACUACUCACACCUGAAGUUACACCAGAGGCAGAAUCAGCCCAAGGUUUAGAAGCACUUGAGUGGUUUAGUCAGAACUUCAAAGAGCAUACCAAUACUAACCUUAUAAAGCUAGAAGAGGAGCCUCAGCUUGAUCAACCACCAUGGGAAACAGAACGAGACAAUAAAUCAUAUGAACAGAAUGAGAAAACUGAGAAGGAGUCUCUUGUUAUCGGCAUUGAUAGAAGCAUGCUGAGAAAGGUAUCUGAACGAAACAGGACACAGCUUCGAGCUCGAGUGGAAGAGAAUGAUUCACUACUGGAGAUCAUACGCAGCAAGUCAUUCAACUUGAGACCAGCAGAUGCAUCGGUGAGACACAACUUUCAAGUAGCUGCUCCUAUAACCAACUUGAAGGUCGCUGCAAUUCUAGAGAAAGCCAAUAGUCUUCGCCAUGCAAUGGCGGGAAGCGACGACGACCACGAUUCAGAUAGCUGGAGUGAAUGAGAGUCUCCAUGCAUGUAACCUAUUCAUCACACACACACACACACACACACACAUAUCCUGUAGUUUGUAUAGAAGAAUUGUUAUAGCUUCUUCUCAGAUUGUGUUUUUUGUAUCUCCUAAUGUUUGUAUUGCUCUAUUUCACACAUA